GGGAGGGAGGGGCGCAAGCAAACACAUUUCUGCAUCUGUUUCCAUCGUUCAAGAUAUUCUGAAAAAGAAGCUGCAGCCAUGGCGGAGGCUCAUCAGGCCGUAGCGUUCCAGUUCACCAUCACACCAGAGGGGAUCGAUCUACAGCUGUCCUAUCAGGCCCUGAACCAGAUCUACCUGUCUGGAGUUCGUUCCUGGAAAAAGCGAGUCAGCCGCAUGAAGAACAGAGUGAUAAAGGGCGUGUAUCCGGCCAGCCCGUCCUCGUGGCUCUUUGUUGCCAUCGGCAUCCUGGCUACCAUGUACAUGCAGUCUGAUCCCAGCAUGGGGCUCAUCUCAAAGAUCCAGCAGCAUCUUCCAUUAAGCCUCCACGUGUCCCUCAGCAGUCAGGGUCAAACCAUGGUGUCAGCUCUGGUCUUCAGCACCCUGCUGUGGCUCUCCCUCAUCCUGGCUCUCCGCUUCUGCCUGAAGCUGCUGCUCUCCUACCACCAGUGGAUGUUCGAGCAGCAUGGGAGGGUCUCCAACACCACUAAAGUUUGGGUGACUCUGAUGAGGUUAUUUUCAAGAAAGAAACCUUUGCUGUACAGCUAUCAGACCUCCCUUCCUCACCUUCCUGUUCCUGCCAUACAGGACACACUGAGCAGGUAUCUGGAGUCAGUGCGCCCUCUGCUGACGGAUCCAGAGUUUGAGCGGAUGAAAAACUUGGCUGAUGAGUUCGAGUCGAGCCUUGGGCACCGCCUCCAGCGCUACCUCAGACUUAAAGCUCUUUGGGCUGCCAACUAUGUCAGCGAUUGGUGGGAAGAAUACGUCUACUUGAGAGGUCGAGGCCCCAUAAUGGUCAACAGUAAUUACUAUGGCAUGGACUUUCUGUAUGUGACGCCAACAUCGGUGCAGGCGGCCCGAGCAGGAAACACCAUUACUGCGCUCCUGCUCUACCGACGCAAAGUAAACAGAGAGGAGCUGACACCGAGUCGUGUUCCAGGCACUGUGAUCCCUCUGUGUGCAGCUCAGUGUGAGAGAAUGUUCAACACUACUCGAACACCAGGAGUUGAGACAGAUGUGCUCCAGCACUGGCAAGACAGCGAGUUUGUGGCAGUUUACCACAAGGGGCGUUAUUUCCGACUGUGGGUUUAUCGGGCAGGUCGCCUGCUUUCUCCCAGAGAAAUCGAAUAUCAGAUCCAGAGAAUCCUGGAUGACCCUUCACCCCCACUUCCUGGCGAGGAAAAACUGGGAGCUCUAACAGCUGGAGACAGGAUCCCGUGGGCUCAGAUGCGGCAGCAGUUCUUCAGCUCUGGGAUCAAUAAAAAGUCACUGGAUGCCAUUGAGAAGGCGGCUUUCUUCGUAACACUGGAUGAUGAAGAGCAGGGGAUGAAGGGAGACGACCCAGCAGGAAACCUGGAUCGCUACGCCAAGUCAUUGCUUCAUGGAAAAUGUUACGAUCGGUGGUUUGAUAAAUCUUUCUCCAUCGUGAUUUACAAAAAUGGCAAGAGCGGCUUGAAUGCAGAGCAUUCCUGGGCUGAUGCACCAACGGUGGCUCAUCUCUGGGAGUAUACCCUCGCUACAGAUGCCUUCCAGCUGGGCUACACUGAGGAGGGUCACUGCAAAGGCGAAGUGGAUCUGUCGUUGCCUCCGCCCCAGAGGCUUGCGUGGGAAAUCCCAGCAGAGGUCCAGACUCAGGUUUGCAGCUCUCUUGCCGUCGCACGGACUUUGGCCGACAAUGUGGACUGCCACGUCUUUCCUUUCAGGGAUUUCGGAAAGGGUCGUAUCAAGAAGUGCAAGAUUAGCCCCGAUGCGUUCAUACAGAUCAGCUUACAGCUGGCCUACUACAGGGAUCGUGGUUGCUUCUGUCUGACAUACGAGGCGUCGAUGACCCGUCUGUUCAGGGAGGGGCGAACAGAGACUGUAAGAUCCUGCUCCAGUGACAGCUGCGCCUUUGUCAAAGCUCUGGAGAACGGAGAAUCAGAGGAGGUGUGCCGGCGUCUUUUCCGAUCGGCUUCAGAGAAGCACCAGAACCUGUAUCGGAUGGCCAUGACUGGAGCUGGGAUAGACCGACAUCUCUUCUGCCUCUAUGUGGUCUCUAAAUACUUAGGGGUGGAUUCACCUUUUCUUCAUGAGGUUCUGUCGGAGCCGUGGCGCCUCUCCACCAGUCAGACUCCGGUUCAGCAGCUGGAGCUGUUUGAUCUGAAGAACCACCCAGACUUUAUAUCCCUUGGUGGAGGUUUUGGACCGGUUGCAGACGAUGGUUACGGAGUUUCGUACAUAAUUGUUGGAGAGGACCUCAUUAACUUCCACGUGUCAUCGAAGUACUCCUGUGGGGAGACUGACUCCCACAGGUUCGGUGCUCAGAUCCAAAAGGCCCUCGGAGACAUAAUGGCUGUGGUCUCAGCUGAGCCCAAAACCUCACCCUCCUCCAAAGGCACCAAUCAGUCCAAGAAACUCCACUAAACAAAACAAGACAGGAUACUGAAGUCAUUCACCUCACAGUCCAAAAGCGAUAACGGUAGAGGGUCAGCCUCAGUAUAUAACAACAUUAACAGUUAUUAUGAGGAUCAUGUAAAUACUCUUUUUUUUUCUCUCCUGUUUCUGUUUCCAUUUUCAACACGUCUAUAACAUCUAACAUCUACCUAGACAACCAAGUUAAAGUAAAAUCUUUAACAUUAAUACACAUCUAGCUCUGGGAUUAGUGUUGCCAUGUUCUUCUCUUAAAGCUGCUGAAUCCAGAGGAUGAUGCAACAGCUGGUCACAUCAAUAUGAGAACAAGACCACAGCGCUGUUUGCAUACUUUUUCUGAGGAUGCAUUCAAUCAGGGAGAAAAUAAAUUCACCUUCUGCCUUGCUUGUACACACUUGGAGCCAUUCUGGACAGAAAAGCUGUAAUUCUUCAUGAGUCAGAUUUAAACUGGGUGUCAAAGUUAUUCCUGAGAGUAUUAGGUCUAUUUUCAAUACAGCAGCAUCCCAAAGGUGCAUUUUAUUUGGCCGCAGCACUUAGCUAGGAUGUAAAAGUUUAACCAAAAUUAUAUUGGGACCCAUGGGCAGUUGGAUCUGAGACUCCUGGUGCCUCGUUGUGUUUCUUCAACCGCAGCUCAGUUUUGGCAGCCUUGGUUUCCUGUUCUGGUUUUUUGCUGCUGUAGCUCAAAAGCUUCUCAAAGAUUGUUUUCUCCACUUGUUAGAGUUCUUAAUUCAUCUUUGCCUAAUCCAAUAAUUCUUUCCUGAAUUUGAACAUUGUUAAAAUAUUUUGAAUCGCUUUGUUUUUUGCAAUUUGUUUUCACUAUGUUGAUCACAGUGUGAUAAAAGAGGUCAUUAAAGGGGCAGAACAGCAUGUAUCCAUAUAAACGUCCCACUUGAAGUAACUGGUUACAUAAUAUCCGACCGCAGGAAGUGGCCGUUUACUUCCCUUAAUGGAGCAGAAGCCCAGUGGAACCAGUGUUUUUAAUGUUCAGUAUAUUCAAUAUAUUAUAAUAUAACAAUAUUGUAUAUGUAGGCUAUGAAGGGAAUUUUGUUCCAUUAUUGAAAAGAAAAAACAGCAAUCCACAAACAAAAUUUAUUAAUCAUUUUUUUUCUUUUUCUUUUUAUAGAUAUUAAAUAUUCAAGUAAAUUUUCUGUUGUUUUUUUUCAGAUGAAGUUUUAUGAAUUGCAUUCUUUUCAAACUGCGUUUUGUUACUUAUCCCAAAAGGGAGAGGAGGCAGCAAAUUUCCACUCAAAAUUGAUUAAGGACUUUUUAUAAUUCUAAAUUCUGGAUUUUUUUCAUAUACAGAUUUAUUUUUUUGUCCUUGCAGCAGCCAUGCAAAGAAAUUCCUAUAUUUGUAAAAAUUCUUCCUCUUCUUGAAAUGCAGCAACAUAAUCUGAUGUUAAAAGAUGGAGAAAAAAUACAAACUUCAGCUUGAGAACAUUCACUGUGUGGAAACAUCUGUUUACAGUUUAAAUGGUUUAGCCUCUGAUUAAAAGAGAAGUACCCUAUUUAUUUGUAGCCUGAGUUUCGAUGUGAUCUGUGAGCAUCGUUUCCCACGGAGGAAACUGUAUGAAAAAGAGAUCAAUUCUUUCAGGGUUAUUUGACCGCUACACUGAACAGGGACCUUUACACCGGAAACAGCAGCUAAUACAAGGAUAGAUCUUCAUCAAAUUUGACCAAGUAGGGAUAAAUGUGACUAAUACUGAGACAUUUAGCCAAUGUGAAAGAGGCGCCUCAUAUUUACUGUUUAUAGAAGCAGAAUCUGUGAGGAAGGACUUGUUUCUCUUUAAGGGCCACAAACAGUGAGAGUCCAUUAAAUCUGAAACCAUUUAAAACAAAUUUCUGUUUAGUCUGAAAAACACAGAAUCAACAUCUGUAAAGAGAUCAAAGCCCGCUGGUCCUAAACGAUUCAAAAUGUUAACUUUAAAACAUCUCCAGGAUGGAGCGACCUCCAUCGCUCAGGAGGGAUUUGCACCCAGUUUUCUACACCGACUGCCUCCCAUCCUUAAAAGAUUUUGGAGGCAGUCUGGUCUUUAGUCAGACAUAAUCCAGCUGAUGGUCUCUUUAUAAAAUCAGCUGAUAAAGACGUUCAUUCUAAACACUGACUGAUUUCUAUCUGUUUUCUUUGCCUUCUCUGCUUUUUUCUUCACCUAUUUAAUACAUUGUCUUUUAUAAUUCCUUUUUUAACCAAUACUUGUUUUAUUGAUUACUUCCUGUAUGUAGAUUAAUAGGGUUAUUAUCUAUAGUAAACUUUCAUCGUCCUGAUUAUAGAUAUUUUAACUUCAGAAAAUGUUGAAUUGAUCAGUCUACCUUUGUAUAAAAUGGAUAACAUAAAAUAGGUGGUGUCUGAGUAUUCUACAGAUAUAUAAAACUGUUUAUGGAUAAAUAUUUGCAAGAAGGGCAAAAGAGAAUACUUUUUUAAAUGUUUUUUUAAUUAUUUGUAUUUGCAGGAUGUUGAUAUAUUAGUUAAUUGUGUAGAGGGCUGUAACCAGCUCUUAAAUGUAUUAAUGGUGGAAUUAGAUAAUUUAGGGCCUUUUUAAAUUUAAUUUCUUUUUAGAUUAUGUGGCAUUUAAGUUUGUUUUUUUUGUGAGCAGACCAGAGGCCUCAUGCAUAACAACAAUCUAAAAAGUGCUUAAUCUUUCCCUGAUAAAAGGAAAAGUUCCUUUAAUUUAAACUUAAGAAGAACCAAACCUGGUGGCGGCAUGAAGCAAUAAUAGAGCUCAGUACUCUGCAGUGGGGGAGUAGCGACCUCGUGGUUUGGGCUUGAGGUGCGAGUCCCACUCCCACGCACUGCCACUCUGGCUCUCUGAGCAACACCCUUAACCCCACACUGUUCCUCUAGCGCCCCACGAUGGCAGCCCACUGCUCCCCAAGCGGGUAGGUUAAAUGCAGAGGUAAUUUUCUUCGAUGUGUGAUCAAUAAAAUUACAAGUAUUAUUAGACGGCGCCUUCUUGGCUUUAUACUAACAAUUUAAAACAAAACGAAGCCCCAGACUGCUUAGUCAGUUUCUUUGCUUAGUCCCUCUCAUUCAAUAAGCGCUUGUUGGGAUGUAAUAAAAUCUUCCUAAGGAACCUUAUUUGGACUGCUGGAUAAAGUCUCUCUGUUAGAGCCUGACCACAUCAUUGGUUGUUUUGGCAGUUGGUGGGUGUCUUUCACACAUUUUUACAGAUCUCUAUGUGUAUUUAGAGACUGGGAUGGCGGGGAAAAAGAGACAUGAGCCUGGGGUCUUAAUGAAGAAUAAAAAAAAUAUCUCCCUACCUCCAAACUUUAUGCAUGAGGCUCCUGUACACACCAUUAAUACCUUUAGUGUUUUAUUUUGACAAGAUUCCAACCUCUUAAGGGGACUUCUGAGUCAGCAAACUUCUAUAACAUUACCGGACAUGCCUUAGCAAUUUAAGGGCACCAUGAUGGCAAAACUCAUAACAGCCGGGCCAAACAUAACAUGGCUCUGUUUAUAUGGAAUAAAGAAUGAGUUAAAGUCAGUUUUUUUACUCCUGCCGCUUACAAAAGCAAACCUUGGUGCCUCUUUAUAAAUGUUUACUCUGCAGUAUCAAUGCAAAUAUUUGUAUCAAUGCAAACCCAGUGGGGUAACCUCUUAAAACAUGGUCAAAAGCUAAGCUGUUUUCGUUUUUACUGUAGAGUUUAAAAGGUUGGCCUUUUAAACUCUAUUCAGUGCCAUUUGGGAAAAAAGAAACUCUCUGAUUAUGUUGUGGUGGAAAAAAUAGAUCAGUUGCAUUUGUCUUUUUUGUAGACUUGUAUUAGACUUUUUUUAGACAUGAAGUUGAUCAAUAUUUAGGUCUUUCGGGGGGGGGGGGACAAACUUUUUUACCGUCUCUCCAUCUCGACGGUUGUGUAACUGACAGUGAUACAGAUGCACAGUUUUCUUGGA